CAGGCAGAAGCAGAGCAUAGCGGGCAUAUAUAGGUAGAGAGGGGGCGGACGAGUGUUGCCCUUCAUCAUUUGAGCACAAUUUUAUACUGUUGCGGGUUCAUUCUAUUCUUUUAUCGAUUUGGAUUGGGAUAUACACUGAACCGCUGUGAAAAUGGCGCAGCCAGACACCAAGAAAAUAUUCUUUGAAAACCUGUCGGGAGCAGGAAAAGCCAUCGCAGUGUUGACGAGCGGAGGGGAUGCUCAAGGGAUGAAUGCUGCUGUACGUGCCGUGGUUCGAAUGGGGUUAUAUGUGGGAGCAAAAGUUUAUUUCAUUCAUGAGGGGUAUCAGGGUAUGGUGGACGGUGGAGAGAACAUAGAGGAAGCCACAUGGGAAAGUGUCUCCAGCAUGCUACAAGUGGGUGGGACCGUUAUCGGUAGCGCCCGCUGUAAAGAGUUCCGCAGCCAUGAAGGACGCCUGAAGGCAGCACACAACCUGGUGCUGCAAGGCAUCACCAACCUGUGCGUGAUAGGAGGAGAUGGCAGUCUGACGGGGGCCAACCUCUUCAGGGAGGAGUGGAGCGGGCUGCUGACGGAGCUGGUGGACCAAGGCUUAAUUGAAGCUGAUGCGGUUCAGAAGUAUUCAGCCCUUCACAUCGUGGGCAUGGUCGGCUCCAUCGAUAAUGACUUCUGUGGAACUGACAUGACAAUCGGCACGGACUCAGCUCUCCACAGAAUCAUCGAAGUGGUGGACGCGAUCAUGACAACUGCACAGAGUCACCAGAGAACGUUUGUGUUAGAGGUCAUGGGCAGACACUGCGGCUACCUGGCCUUGGUCAGCGCCCUGGCUUGCGGAGCAGACUGGGUGCUGAUACCCGAGAUGCCCCCGGAGGACGGCUGGGAGGACAAGAUGUGUCAGAAACUGUCUGCGAACCGAGCAGGGAUGAAAAGGCUGAAUAUCAUAAUUGUAGCCGAAGGGGCAAUUGAUCAAAACAACAGGCCCAUUACAACUGAGAAUAUCAAGAAUCUUGUUGUCAAAUGCCUGGGGUUCGACACGCGAGUGACAAUCCUGGGGCAUGUGCAGAGAGGAGGAACCCCUUCUGCUUUUGACCGCAUCCUGGCCAGUCGUAUGGGUGUUGAGGCUGUUCUCGCCCUUCUGGAGACCACAGCUAACACACCAGCCUGCGUGGUGUCUCUGUGCGGGAACCAAUCGGUGCGCCUGCCUCUGAUGGAGUGUGUGCAGAUGACUCAAGAGGUGCAGAGGGCCAUGGACGGGAAGCGGUUUGAGGAGGCGGUGAAGCUCCGGGGCAGGAGCUUUGAGAACAACCUGAGGACGUACAAACUGCUGGCUCAUCGCAAACCAGAAUCUGAACUGCCAGUCAGCAACUUUAAUGUGGCCGUGUUGAAUGUGGGGGCCCCUGCAGCGGGCAUGAACGCCGCCGUGCGUUCAGCCGUCAGGGUGGGCAUCUCUGAGGGCCACAAGAUGUUUGCCGUCAGCGAUGGGUUUGAGGGAUUCUACAAAGGGCAGAUAAGGGAGAUUAAAUGGGCUGAUGUCGGAGGAUGGACAGGGCAGGGUGGAUCUCUGUUGGGAACCAAAAGAACACUUCCUGCAAAGCAUGUUGACAAAAUUGCUGAGCAGAUCAGAAUGAAUAACAUUAAUGCACUCUUAAUUGUCGGUGGAUUUGAGGCCUUUGAGAGUCUGCUGCAGCUGUACGAGGCGCGCGCUACCUAUGAGGAGUUUUGCAUUCCGAUGUGUAUGCUGCCUGCCACCAUAAGUAACAAUGUGCCGGGCACCGAUCUAAGUAUCGGGGCAGACACGGCCCUCAAUGCCAUCGUGGAGACUUGUGACCGCAUCAAGCAGUCGGCCAGCGGCACCAAGAGACGCGUGUUCAUCAUCGAGACCAUGGGAGGCUACUGCGGCUACCUGGCCAGCGUGGGGGGGCUGGCUGCUGGAGCUGAUGCUGCAUAUAUUUACGAGGAGCCAUUUGACAUCAAAGACCUUCAGGCCAAUGUCGAGCAUCUGACAGAGAAAAUGAAGACCAGCAUUCAAAGAGGACUGGUCCUCAGGAAUGAGAACUGUAACGAGAACUACACCACAGACUUUAUCUACCAGCUGUACUCUGAAGAAGGGAAAGGAGUGUUUGACUCCAGGAAGAAUGUGCUGGGACACAUGCAGCAGGGAGGAGCACCGUCUCCAUUCGACCGUAACUUUGGCACCAAGAUCUCUGCCAAGGCGAUGCAGUGGGUCACCAAAAAGCUGACGGAGACAUUCAGACAGGGCAGAGUGUUCGCUAACACCGAGGACUCCUGCUGUCUGCUGGGGAUGCGGCGCAGGGCUCUUGUAUUCCAGCCCGUCGUACAACUCAAGGACGAGACAGACUUUGUUCACAGAAUCCCUAAGGAGCAGUGGUGGUUGAAGCUGCGUCCCCUGAUGAAGAUCCUGGCUAAGUACAAGACGAGCUACGACGUGUCGGACUCCGGACAGCUGGAGCACGUUGUACGCAACCGGCCCAAAGAGUCGGACGCCUCGGUAGCCAUGUGAAGUACAAACGGUGCUCCCCAAAGUCCAGACUGUGUGAGGCGUGUGUCGUAAAAGAGCUCCAGUAAUAACCCAAACCUCCGUCUCCAUUUGGCCACAGUGUUCAUUUCCUGUCCGUCAUUUCCCCCUAUGUCAGUCAUCUCUGUUUCGUCUUGGAAUGAACUGUAAUGUAGCCUCAGCAGUGCUCCUAAUACUAAACACACACACAGCUGUCCCGCCAUACAUCUAUGUGUCCUCGUUGCCCUGGAUGUUUAGUGUGACCGCUGUUACAAAUUGCACUUUCUCCGAGAAUAGACUCUGUAUCUGAUGUAAGACAGGGUGUGUAUCUGCCUAGAACCAGUGUGAGGUUCAGCAUAUUUAUGUGAGACUGAUGCAAUACAGUUCUAACGCUGCGAGUCAAAAGAACUGCGUGCUGUGCUUUACACUGAAACUAAUAUUUAUCUUUUUAACAUUGUUUAUUAUUUUUUGCUCGUAAACAUGGAUAUAUUGUUAACUGUAGGCACUGCUGUACUGAGUAGCUGUCUGUCCUGUUGCACCAACAAGUUCAGUGUGUACGAGACUAAUGUUUCCCACAGAAUAAAAUCAGACUUGAGAAGUGAACCCUA